UCAGACAACCGCCUCGUGUACGCCGUCCCCAUUCAAAACCUGAAAUUUGCCGCUGUCGCGCGAUGACGAUCAUCUGACGUUUUUAGAGCAAUUAGGUUACAAUGAAACAAGCAUUCAGUAUCAGUAUUAAACGUUCCUAAGAAAUUUGGGUGGUGAUAUUAUUUAGCCUUAUAUAUGUGAUUGUAUUAAUUAUUUAUUCGGAAAAAUGUGGGUGUUCGGCUACGGGUCUUUGAUGUGGAAAGUGGAUUUUCCUUACGAAGAAAACAUUGUCGGCUAUAUCAAGGGGUACAAGAGGAGGUUUUACCAGCACAGCACCGAUCAUCGCGGUACGCCGGAGAAUCCCGGUAGGGUGGUUACCCUAAUCCCGUGCAAAGAAGACUCGAAGGUUUACGGGAUUGCUUAUAAAAUCCGGGAGACCGACAUCGAAGACGUGAUCAAUCACCUGGAUUUUCGAGAAAAGGGUGGCUAUGAACGGAAAAAGGUGGUCUUUCACCCGAAAGAGCACGACAUACCACCGUUUGAAAUGACCAUUUAUUUGGCGUCCGACGACAACCCUCAUUAUGCCGGACCAGCUGAAUUAGAUGAAAUAGCCUUCCAGGUGGUCAAUUCGGUGGGGCCUAGUGGACCGAACAUUGACUAUGUUUGCAAUUUGGCAAAAAUGAUGCGCAGCGUCGUGCCGGACGUGCACGAUGACCAUCUAUUUACACUCGAGAGUAAAGUUCUCGGCUUAUUGGAAAAACAGAAUGGAGAUUUUAAUAAUUAUUGAGAAUAAACGCUUCGUAAGUAAA